AAAGGCAGAGGCGGCCGCGAGCGUGAACGUCCGCUCGCCAUUUUCCGCUGUUUUUCGCAUUUUCUCCCCCUUUCGGCGCUUUCUCUUCUCUCUUCGACCCUUGUCAUGGACUCUGGCGAGGACGGUAAAGUGUCCCUGGAGGGCGCUGCCGCCGCCGUCGCCGCCGUCGCCAACGCCCCGUGCGCCCUCCUGGCCGCAGCCUCUCACGCCGCCGACGCUGUUCCGCUCCCGCAGGUGGCGGCCGCCGGGUCCGCCCACAGAGGCGCGGGCGGCCCGCUGGCGGCCACCGUGUCGCUUCCCGCCGCGGCGGUGGCGGCCCUGCAGCCCGAGGCCGACCCUGAGUUCCACUGGGGGCGCCGCCAGAUCCUGUCCCUCAUCGCGAAGGUCGAGGACUUCUUCGAGGACUUCUACGACGGCACCAAGAAGAAGAAGAUGAUCUGGAAGGCCGUCGCAGAGCGGAUGCGCAGCGAGGGCCACAACUGCACGGGCGCCGAGUGCGACAAGAAGUGGAGGAACCUGAAGGGAACGUACGUCAAGGUCCUUCAGAAGCAGAUUCACGGCGACACGAGCUACCGCUUCGAGUAUUUCGACGCCCUGCACCAUAUACUCGGGAAGGAGAUCGACCCCCUAGGAAUGAGAGAGCAGGCAAUGUCCCGCGGCCCAGAGGAGGAAAUGCAAGGGCCCUCCGACUAUCAUGAGAUCACGGUGGAUGGGAACUUCGUGUGGACGGAGGCAGCGGUGCACCUGCUGCUGGACCUCGUCCUGGAGCACAGGGGCAUGCUGAUGGCCGCCGCCGACGACGCCGACGAGCCGUGGGAGGAAAUCGCGCACCAGAUGGGGGAGGAGUGCCAGGAGGUGCAAGGGUGCCAGUGCCAGCGCAAGUGGCUCAACCUCCAGGAAGGAUUUCGCUUCCAUCAGGCGGAGGCGGAGGUGACGGCGUCAGUCCCGCUGUGGCCUUACUUCACGCGCGUCAGGCAUGUCAUGAUGUCGCUCAGUAUUCCGACCACGCAGGCGCCUGUGGACCGGAAGCCCAUCCUCGGCCUCGGCGGCGCGGCGGAGACCCCGAGCAGGAAGCCCCGAGGAGCAGGCCUGGGCGGAGGCCUGGGCCUGCGCACGCCCUCGUCGUCGUCGUCUGCGGGCGUGGGCGGCGCGGGGCGGAGGGUCCGGGGGCUGGCAGGGCGCGUGCGGCAGCUGGAGGGCCACACGAGCCUCAGCCGCCGCCUCGACCACCUGGAGGCGCGCGUGGAGACGUCGCGGCUGCAGCGCGAGGCCUACAGGCAGACAAACUCCAUUCUGACGAAGGUCCUGGCGGAGCUUAGGAGGAUCAACGGCAUCCUGGAGGAGCAGCAAGAGCAGCACUUCCAGCCCAGCCACCACCUCCACGCUGGCGGCGGCCAGCGGCAGCAGCACCACGACCAGGAGCCAGGCAGCCCCAACCAGGGCAUCAUCAUCGUCGAGGCCUACGACCAGCUCUAGGAACGACCACGCACGUACAAACACGGACGCUCACACACACAUACAUGUACGCAUAGAGGUGGCAUAUCUUAGUGGUUGAGCGCUGGCUUUGGAGACGCAAGUUCCUGGGUUCGCGCCCGGUCGCCCCUCUCAAUGGACUCGGCUGUGAGUGAGUACUGGCAUGCUGGGUCAAAGUCGGGACCAAAAGGAACAAGUGACCCCACCGCAUCACGCCGCGGUUUAAUACGCAUGUUCCGCUCCGGACAUGUCCCCCGUCCUCUCGGAUAUGGAACUUUGACUUUGGUAAUAUGAAUAUAUAUAUAUAUAUAUAUAUAUAUAUAUAUAUAUAUAUAUAUAUAUAUAUAUAUAUAUAUGUAUGUAUAUACACACACACACACUUAUAUAUAUAUAUAUGCGUCCAGUGAAACUCACAGCAACCAAUAGAUAUCCCAGGGGACUCUGUAUGGACCCCCUCCUCAUGCCUUUGCACCAUAAAAGAACAUAUUUUUCAACUCAGAGACUUCUCAUGGCUCUUCACUCCCGAAGUUCUCUUGGGGGUGGGUGCACUACUCUGUAACUGUGUAACGAAAUAAUACAUAGCGAGUUUCAUGUAACUGAUAUACAGAUUUUACUUUGUAUUUUUUAGAUUGUAUAUAUCCAUUGAUCAUAUGAAUGUAUAUUUAUAUAAUAAAAUUUCUUACAACUUAUAUAUGAUAAAAUUAGUGUAUUUAUACCUGGAGAAAUAAUAGUUUGCACUAUGCUGAACUAAUUUUGCCGAACAAUGGCAAUAGUAUUCCAGAUUAGGCUAAGUAAAUCUCUGCUGCACACUCUCUCCUUUUUUUCCACUUCUCUUCCUCUGGAGCUGGCUUAACAAGCUCUUAUUUAUUUCUUUCCAUUCACAGACGGACGCCUUUCCAUUCACAAAUGCUUAUUUACUCCCUUCGCUUCGAAGUUGUUCUGUGCCGCAGUACCCUUCAGUCUGACAUAAAUAUUACCAACACAUCAAUACUUCACUAAGAUAUGUGAUUAUACUGACAUCUCGAAUCAAAGCAUCUUAAAUAAUUUUCAUAUAAAGAGAAAAAGGUGCACUUCACAGGUUGGUGGUCACUUCAAUAGAAUGAUAUUAUCCAGGCAUGUUGUGUUUAGGCAACCGACACCAAUCCCUCAAAUGCCUUGAUGAGAGAGAGAGAGAAUUCAAAUUGAAACAACUUUAUUCCAUUAAUUACAAUGGGUAUUCUUAGGUAUAUGGUAUUUAUACUAUGUAGUAAGAUGUUAUAUACAUAGAUAUUAUACAAUGCUUGUGUAAGCAAAUUAGACAGAACAUUAAUAUUAUAAGCGACUGAAAUAUCGUGGUUAGCUUAUAGGAUGGUUGCUUCACUUUUGUUUAAAAUGUCUUGGGGUAAGGGAGGGGCUAUUUUCUAGUAGUUGGUUCCAGUCAACAGUCCUAAGAUUUGCAUAUUUCUGUAUUCGAUAUUUUGAUACAUAAGGAGUUAUUUUGCCUCGUAUGGGCACCUUUUAUGUUACCUGUUGUCUGUGUAGGUAAUUGCCAAUUUGGGCAAUUUCCUUGUCUGAUUUUAUGGAAUAGAAUACAUAUGUCAUAGUUGAAUUUCUGUUGUAUUUUUUGUAAUUUUGAUUUGCUCAUAUGUGGUGUGAUGUGGUCUUAUUUAUAUACAUUUCCUAGUGCUGCUCUUGCUGCGAAGCUCUGUAGUUUUAGUGUCCUUUGUAUUUGUGUUCCCCAGAUGUUUAGACUAUAACUAAUGAUACAAAGUGCUAGUGUUUGUAUAACAACAAUUCUUGUUUCUGUGGAUAUUUUGUUUUUGUGUAGCAACCUUGGAAUUCUAUAACUCUCUCUGUCGCGAGAGGUUUUAGUGAAUUAUUUUCGCUUUGUGUUUUUCUACAAUUAAGAUCUUGGUGAAACGGUUAAACAUGGAUGGCAACUGUGUAAAGUAUAAUAUUGGGUAUGGUUGUUAUUAUAACAUCUAAUAUUGA